AUGCGCGAGUAUGUGACGAGUGUUAACAGCGUUAUAAAAGAUAAUUCUAUGACAAUUAUAGUGUCACGAGAUCCGUAUUCAAGACUGUUUUCAGCAUACAUCGAUAAAUCUUUUCUCCAACUUAUGCUUUCUUUAAAUUAUUAUAUACGAAAUAUUGCCAUUGACGAAUUGUACAAAAGUAACGUAUGUCUGACAGAUGUAACUUUUCAAGAAUUUUCGGAAUGGAUCGUAAAGGAAAGUCAAAGUGGAAAGACAUUGGAUCGUUACUGGGCGCUUAUAUUCUCCCUCUGUUAUCCUUGUGCAAUCAAUCCUUUCAUAUUAGUCAAACAAGAGACAUUUGCCCGCGGUGUUGAAUUCGCCUUACUGCAGCUUGGCGUUGAAAGGUCGACAUCAGUAAAACCUGAGACCUUACGAAGAGUACGGGACCUUUAUAAACAAGAUUUUGAGAUGUUUGGAUACAGCAAAUUACCACCAACAGCAAUUUUGACACGCCAGACCUGAACUACAGGGUCAUAAUUAUGUGCAUUAAACAUGCCCUUUUUAAAAUUUCAGUAAUCUGAAAAGCUCAGACAACCUUAUUACAUGUUUUACAUGACAUGUAGCAU